CUUUGACGUUUCGGCUUAGUUCUUUCUUUUGGGUUUUUAUGGUUCACCAUGCGGGAAUAUCUUCCUGAACGUUAAAAAUCUAUAAAAGAGUGAAAAUUCUAAAAAUCGCAUUCUAUUUCAUACAUUCACGAAUAGCGACAUUAAAUACAGCAACGUUCAAGAAAGCACGAUCUUAUAUGUGACUACAGUGUUGGAGGUUAUGAGAAAGUAAACAUGGGUGAAAUGAAAGCGAGCAACGAUAUUUGCAAGACGAUAGCGAUCCGGUACAGAUUCGUCUACGAAAACGUGGGCGGAGGGGAACCCGAAUUGAAAUUCCUGCACCAUCCGCUAAUUAAAUUAAAAGUCGACCCACCCGUAACUCCCGAAAAUAAAGAAAACGUUCCCGAGAAUGUCGAGUACGAAGACGAUGUCGAUUACUUGAGAAGCUUGGACCCGAAAGAAUGGAAAAGCCAAGACCACUAUAAAGUAUUGGGAAUCCCGAAUUUGAGGUACAAAGCUUCAGAAGAUAUCAUUAAAACCGCUUAUCGUAAGAAAGUAUUAAAACACCAUCCCGACAAACGGAAAGCGUUGGGCGAAGAGAUUAAAACCGACGAUGACUAUUUCACCUGUAUCACAAUGGCUUACGAGACCUUGGGGAAUUUGGCUAAGAGGAGAGCGUACGAUUCCGUAGAUCCACAUUUCGACAACGGUAUACCCAGCACUAGUGAUAUAAAGAAAGACUUUUACAAGAUAUUCGAGUAUUACUUUGAAUUGAAUUCCCGUUGGUCCGAACGUCGGGUUGUUCCGAAGUUAGGCGAUUCCGGUUCUACACGAGCCGAAGUAGAACAUUUCUAUUCGUUCUGGUACGACUUCAAAUCCUGGAGGGAGUACUCGUACGAAGAUGAGGAGGACAAAGAUAAAUGCCAGGACAGAGACGAACGAAGGUAUGUGGAUAAAUUGAACAAAGCGGAAAGGCUUAGGAAAAAGAAGGAAGAAAUGUCUAGGAUCCGUCAACUAGUUGAUCUAGCUUACAACAACGAUCCCAGAAUCGCUAAAUUCAAGCAGGACGACAAAGAGAAGAAAAUGGCGGCCAAAAGGGCCAAACAAAGCGCCGCCCAGGCCAAGAAAGACGAGGAAGAAAGGCUCCUGAAAGAGGCCCAAUUGGCCAAAGAGCAAGCGGAACAGGCCGAACGGGCGCGCAUCGAAGCCAAGAGACAGGAACGCGAGGUGCAGAAGAAAGCCCUGAAGAAAGAAAGGAAAAACCUUAGAGACAUCUGCAAAGCCAACAACUAUUACUCGGAUAAUUCCGAUCAAAAUUUAGCGCAUAUGACGGCCUUAGAAAGCAUUUGCGAACGUCUCUCUCUAGCCGAAUUGGAGGACCUUAAUAAGAAUCUAAAAAACAACGGUAAAUCGGCCUUUAUGAAAGCUUACAAAGAAAACGAAGCUAGUCUCGAGAAAGAGAGAUUAGAGGUACUUAAUGCGUCCAAACAGAAGACAACCGUAGACAAUAACACACCCACCGUUGUAAUGGUGACGCCUGAAUGGAACGAAGACAACAUCCAACUGUUAGUCAAAGCCGUGAAUCUAUUCCCGGCCGGAACGAACCAACGAUGGGACGUCGUAGCCAAUUUCAUCAACCAGCACGGAGUUUUCUCUCAAAACACCAGCAAAUUCAACGCCAAAAUGGUGCUGGCCAAGGCGAAAGACCUCCAAAACGCCGAUUUCUCCAAGAACAAUCUCAAAGAGGUGGCCAACAAGCAAGCCUUCGACAACUUCAAAAAAGACAAGAAACCCGUGCUGAACAUCGACGACGGCGGCAUUUCCAAGAAAAUGGACGAAGUCAGCAUAUCGGAAAACGGCGAGAAAUCGAAGAAGAUCAUUUCGAACGGCGACCUGAAACCCAAAGCGGACGUCCCGUGGACCACUUCGGAGCAACAGCUGCUCGAGCAGGCCCUGAAAACCUAUCCGGCCUCCACUGCGGAGAGAUGGGACAGAAUAGCCGAGUGCAUACCGAACCGAUCGAAAAAAGACUGCAUGAAGAGAUAUAAGGAUUUAGUGGAGACCAUCAAAGCGAAAAAGGCCGCCCAGGCUUCCGUCGCGACGAAAUGACACGCCAGAAUGUUAUAGGAUAUCCAAAUGUAUAUUUAUUUAGCAAUAAUACAAAAUAGCCACUCAUCUUUCAUUUGUUAUUCGAUUAAAGAUCUUUGACUUUA